AUGGAACCAUCAAGCCCCGACGCGGCCUCCUUCACCCUCUGCCCCAUCAUCCAGGACCUAGUGCGCACGCGCUUCGCCGUCCCCGGAUCCAUCUUCCUCGUCGAGGACAUACAGACCAUCGCCCUCACAGAGUCUCGCCGCUGGCAAGUCAUCCGCCUGCUGCUCGGCGAUGGCGAGCUCUGCAUCCAGGCCCUCCUGGCCGACUCCAUGCACCGCUUCGUGCACACGCGCGACAUCACCGUCGGCAGCUACGUCUGCGUGCAGGACUUCCAGCUCCGCCAGAGGACCACGGCCGCGGACGCCGGCAAGCCGCAGCAGCAAAUGGUGUACCUGGUCGUCCACGACGUCAAGACGCUCGGGUGCAACGACGACGUGCGCAGGAUGCACGACGAGCAGCAGCUCGCCGACGAGGCAGCGUCGCCCGCGGGCUCGGGAGCCAGCACGCCCACGAAGCCGGAGCCGGCCGGCCAAGCACCCGGCGACGGCGACGAGUUUGAAGACGACGACGACGACGACGACAUGGAGGGCGCCUUUGACGAGUUUGAGGCUCUUGCGUUCCCGGCCAGCAAGACACCGGCGCCGGCGCACCCCAGCAAACCGGCCUUGCCUGUCGCGCUGCCGCGGGACUGGCACGACGUCCAGACCCCCCUCAAGCUCACCACGCUGCGCGCGAUACCAAACCUGCCCUACCGCCAGAACUGGUCGUGCAACGUCCUCGCCAUCGUGGCGUCCCUGUCGGCCGUCGAGUCCUGCCAUUUGCCGCCGUACAGGCAGCGCACGGCGCGCAUCACGGACCCCUCGACGGCCAAGCAGGUCCACCUGGCGGUGUUUUUGGACCCCGACGAAUUCAACCCCCGGGUCGGGAGCGCCGUGCUGCUGACGGGCGUCAAGAACCACCGCUUCGACGGGGGCAGCUUGAAGAAGUAUGCGAGCGACAGGGGCCGGGGCAGGUGGUGGUUUCAGGACCCGUGGGAGCUGGCGUGGUGCGAUGUUCGGGGCAUCAAGGAUUGGUGGGCCGAGAUGGAGGCGUAUUUCGCGAGUCAAUUGUCCGAGGAGGUUGUGGGCGGUGAUGUGUGA